AUGAUAAUUGAAAAGAAACGGUAUUUAAAAGUCAUUUUAUUGGGAGAUGCUAAGGUUGGAAAAACAAGUCUGAUAAAGCAUUUCAUAAAUCGAGAAAAUUCUGAUUUUAGUCCUACUAUAGUACCAGAUUUUGUUAAUAUCCCACAGCCUCGCUUUUGGACUCCCUUAGUCUUGAUCUACUGAGGCGAUCUGGAUUGGCUUUGCCAACUUAUGCUGGUGAAACUAAUGGUAAAGCAGCCUAAUAAUGCAUAUUUAUCAAUUCAAUGGCUGGGAAUCAGCUUCUGGUCGUCUCGGGAGACAUUAGGACUUAGGCAGUCCAUAAGCGUGCAGAUGUAUAAAGAAGUGAAUGCAAAUGGAAAAUUAGUGAAUCUGAGGAUUUGAGACACUUCAGGGCAAGAGAGGUAUCAAAGUUUGUCUUUUGGCUUUUAUAGAAACACUGAUAUUUGCAUUCUUGUAUAUGACAUAACUUUGAACCGAUCUUUUGAAAACCUCUCAUAUUGGAUCGAAGAUUUCAAGACACAAAUGGGCAUUAGCAAUCCUUCAGAGUUUCCUUUUGUUUUAGUUGGAAACAAAGGUGAUAAGCAUAAUGGCAGAACAGUCCCGAUGGAUAUAGUUAAAAACUGAUGCAAAGCAAAUGGAAACAUACCUUUUUUUGAAGCAUCGAUAAGGGACAAAUCUUCCAUUGAUGCAAUCUUUGAAAAGGCAGCAGAAAUUGCAAUCCAGAAAAUUGGGAUUAAAAAUAUCAGGCACAGCGCCAUCAAGCUGAACAAAAGCAAAGAUAAAGAGACAAGCUUCAAAGAAAACUCUUGCAACUGUUAG